AUGUUUGGAGUUGCACAUGUUACUCCGCCAGAGCCAUCGUUACCCAAAUUCUCGACGCGCGAGGCUCGCUUCCGUAAAGCGUGCGAUGCAAAUACUUUAUUUUUCUACAUUCCUACCAAAUCAAGUCUCCUACUGCCAUUAUUGCAUCCUGUGAGCCAUGUCUACAGGGAGCAGGACGCACGUUGUUUACAUUUGUUACAAUCUGUUGCACUGAUUCCAAGCUGCAAAUGUAAAAAGAUACUCGCGACUGUUAACGAAGCACUCAAGAUACCCGUAUCUGCAGCUACUCGUGGUCGAUUCGAAACCAAGUUGCGGCCGCUGAUAAAUAAACUACGCGACGAGGAUGAAAAUUGCGCGACUCGACCAUUAAUCGCCCUACAACUUAAGGAGAAGGUGGCUGAGUGCUUGCGUUGCUGGAUCGUGGAUCCGAUCGAUGGAUUUGUGCUCAGAAAAGAGCAUGUUGUGAAAGGUAUGCGGUUAGAUGAUCUAGUGGCUACACCCGUCGGUGUGGGAUAUAUGAGGGGUUACCGCACCACAGACGGCUUUUGUAUAAUUGUGUACCCUUGGGGCUAUGGAUUCGUGCACCUGAAUGAGGUCAAAAAGGUGCAACAGGCUGCUGAAAAUCAUCUCAAAAAGCGCAUGUACACCGAAUAUGUUGCAUUUGAGCAUCAGCAACUAUACGAGCAGAUCAAGGGACUUUUGGAUGAUUUACCGCCAAUAUCUGACAAAAGUAAUGAUUUUGAGGAUACAAAAGAAAAAAGAGAUGAGGAUCUUGAAGUGUUGCCCAGAAUUCUAAACAAGGAGCAUAUGAACACGACAGUGCUGCAAAAAGACUUACAAUUUUUGCGUCGUGUGGAAGCACUUGUGAAGAAAGUACAGUAUUCUCGUCAGGCGCAGACAGUUAAGGAGCCUGAUCGCAAGUUGCUGCGCAUGGAUGAAGACGACGAGAUAGCAGGGGACGCUGAGCAGCUGGAAUCUAGAUCAAUAUUGAACGGUAAUGCAGUCAUCACCAAACUUGAUAUAUAA